AUGGCCACAGAAGAACCAAUUGUCGCGGUGGAAUCAGUUCCCGAACCAAUUGUGACCGAACCAACCGUCACCGAGCCUGAGGUCCCGGAGAAGGAUGAACCAACUGGUGAAGUAGAGAAGACCAAGAAAACGAAGGAGUCCAAGCCUAAGAAAGCUUCCAAACCACGAAACCCUGCUUCCCAUCCUUCUUACGAAGAGAUGAUUAAGGACGCGAUAGUCUCGCUGAAGGAGAAGAGUGGCUCGAGCCAAUACGCGAUUGCGAAAUUCAUUGAAGAGAAACACAAGCAGCUUCCUGCUAACUUCAAGAAGCUAUUGCUUCAAAAUUUGAAGAAAAAAGUUGCAUCUGGAAAGCUUGUUAAGGUUAAAGGUUCGUUCAAGCUUUCUUCAGCGGCUAAGAAGCCUGCCGUCGCCAAGCCGAAGACAAAGCCAGCUGCAAAGGUUGCUUCAAAGGCCAAAGCUGUAGCAGCCAAGCCCAAAAAAGCUGUUGCCAAGCCCAAAACGGUUGCUUCUAAGGCUAAACCAACUGCUGCGAAGACUAAAGUUGCUGCCAAGGCUAAGCCAGUUGUGAAACCGAAGUCCAAGGGGAAGCCAGCGAAGGUUGCAAAGACAUCGGCUAAGACAACACCGGGGAAGAAAGUUGCCGCUGCGAAGAAAGUUGAGGUUGCAAAGAAAGUUCCGGUUAAGAGCGUUAAGGCUAAAAGCGUGAAGACUCCAGUGAAGAAGGUUUCUGUUAAGAGAGGUGGAAAGAAAUGA